CCCUGCCACGGAUUACAGUGCGCAGUGUGUCACAGACUGCGUCCCGGUUACAUCUGCUCGGUUUAUCGCUGUGUGUACUUUGCGCUAAAGCUCUAUCGCAUAAACAACAUAUAAACAUAAAGCAUAAGUGAUGGGGGAAUGACAACGAACUCUGUCCCCGUCUGCGGUUAUCUGUCCCCGAGAAGACCCCAAGGAUGCUGCUGCUCUCCAGCCCGCGGAACAGACGCCUGCGCCGGGCCUCGCUGCUGCUGCUCGCCGCGGUUCUGUUCUGUGUCGACCCCGUCAGUGCUAGCCUUCCAGCUGGCAGUAAGUGCCCUAACCAUUUAGACUGUGCCAAAGAGGGACGCCACUUCUGCAAGCGUGGCUCCUCCCAAUGUGGCCCCUGCCUCUCCCCGUUGGAGGAGAACGAGGAAGGAAGCUGCGUAGUGAGGAAGAGGCACCAUCAGCAUGGUAAAGUGACAUUCCACCCUGACCUGGACGAAGAGAUCGAUUUCCUUCACGCAGUCAUCGAAAAACAGCAAGUGACCGAGAUCAAGAAACAAACGAAGCAAUCCGCCAAACAUCCUGAUGUUAAAAAAAUCAAGUUAGAGGCCUCCAAACAAAAACUGAUAAACCAGAGUGACACCACUACAGCCCCCCGCCCUGCAGUUUCUGCUCCACCUAACACACCGACCCCCCACCCCAGGGCCGGCGCAGUUUUGGGCCGAGUUGGUCCUCUGACUGUGCCAGCAUCCAAAAGGGACAACAUUAUUGUCAUUCUGGUCUCGCUGUGUGUGGUGGUGGGCACUGUGGCAGUGAUCCUGGCAGCCAUCUGUUACGUCAAGUUGCAGAAAGAAUCGCGUCUGGCUCAGAAGGUGGACUACCCUGCUUUUGGAGGGGCCGGCGUGCUCGCUACAACAGCCGACGAUACCUCGAUGGGAGAUAAGACUCUAGCCCAAAGUGCUCAAAUGUAUCACUACCAACAUCAAAAACAGCAGAUGCUCUCAAUGGGAAAUAACAAACCUGAACAGAAAGUGGUUGACACCGAGGUCACAUCAGAUGAGGAAGAAGUGGGAGGAGACUUCACAGUAUACGAGUGCCCCGGACUUGCACCGACUGGAGAAAUGGAAGUGAAGAACCCUCUGUUUGAUGACUCAAAUUUACAUUACCAGGGGAAUCACAAGUGAAUGCGGAAUACUUUACGCACACGCAUACACAUAUACACGCAGGCAUACACAGUCAUUUAUCUGGAAGAAACCGCUUUAUUUCACACUGCAUGCAUAGAAAUGGAGGUUUCCUGGCAGAGGAGGUGAUACAAAUGAUUGUUUUCUUGUUGGCCCUUUACUAUAUCAGCUUUUAAUACCACACAUGUAUGUUGGGUUCCUUGUUAAUUUAUUUCUGUCACUGAUUUGGAGCAUUCCUGUCUUUUAACAUAAGGUUUUCAGAGUCCUUAUUUAGGUGUUUUGUCCUGUUUAAAUGUUAAACUCUUUAAGUUGAGAUUGUCUCCUCCAUUUUUGUUACUUUCCUUAAUUUCUGCAGCUAUUUCCAAAGAAUGUGAUACAACAGCAGACAUGUGUUCAACACACACGCAUAAGCCGAGAAACCGGUGCCCUCUCUUUUGUCAUGCAUAGCUAGUGGCUAAACCACAUUCCUAACAGAUACCCAGGAAAAGUUUAACAUCAGAUCUCUGUGAUACCUCCUGUAAAAACUCUCAAACGCAACACAAGGUUUAGCAAUGAAAAUGUUACUGUUGGUGUUGCUAAUUUUAUUCCUUGUCAUAUAAACUGCGCAUAAAGAUUUUAAGAUUAUAGAAUAUAUACAUAUUUAUAUGGAAAUGAAGUACUCGAUGAUGUCUGUUUGCAUGGUUUGACUGUAAUGUGUUUGAAUCAUGGCAAUGCUUUGAUGAGUUAUUGGGCCUCCUGUGUGUGUACGCAUCCUGUUGCUGGGGGAGGAAUGUACAGUAAAAGUGACUUAUAAGCACUUGAAUGAAAUUUCGGUGAUGGACUAUACUGAUGGAUGUGUAGGUGGUAAAUAUCUUGUAUCGACCCGCUUUCCUCUCUGUCCUCUCGUCGGUCCCAAGUUAACUUCGUGCUGCAAAAUGUACAUACAAAGAGUGAAUGUGUUCACUUUUUAUAGAUAUUUGUACAUGCAGAUCAAGGAUUGGAAUUAAAAGUUUUUACCACAUGUGAAAAUAA